UGGCGUACGGGAACGUUCGUAAAGUGACGGUCGCUCGCUGUUUCGUUGAACUCAGUGCUGUUUUUGUACAGUGAAACUAACAAAUUUUCAUUUGAUUGCUGCAUGCAUGUAAAGCUGCAAAUAUUUUUUUAAGUUGGACAGUGUUCGCGUUUUCAAAAGUGUGUUGUUAAAUUGUCGCGCGAGUGCAUGCUGGAACGGUUUCUGUGCCGAGUGCAACUUCAAAAAGUGAGAAAAGUUCGAACAUUGGAAAAGUGUUCAGGUUUGCCGAAGAAGUGGUUGCAGAAGGGAUUUUUUUAUACCCCUGUGAAAGUGUGGAGCUCAGAAUCCAGCGGCCACGACCGACCAAACCCGCGGGAAGCAUUGAACUCUCCUCUUCCUUCGACUACAAUAUUAGCUAUCCCAGCGAUUGAUCCAUUGAGAGUGUACUUGCAGCAGCGAUCAGCUCAACCUAACGGCGGCGCCCCGGUGAAUCGAAUUGUAAAUGUGCUGUAAUACAAAGUUGUAAGACCGCGUUGCAAAUGCAAAGCGCAAAAUAAUUGAUUGUUGAUUUUGCCGUUUGAACGUGAAUGGUUGUUCCGAUACAACAAAGUGUUGUUUUAGUGAGGGAAUCGUUUCUGGAAUUUGUGGGUUGUUCCAUGUGUAUCUGUAGCAGGGUGCUUCGUUGAUUGGGAAGCAAGGAAAGAAGAAGAACGGAAAACGGGAUUACCAUCGGUGGGAAUCUGAAGAAUUCCGGUGUGGCCGCCGGCGCGGCACAAAGCAUGGAUAGUACUGCUACUGCUGCUUCCAAGUCUCAAAUCAAAUCACUGACGGUGGGCGACAGCUGGAACAACGCCGACAGAACGCUGCCGAUUCCCCUCUUGGCCUAUCACGGCUGAAUUGAGGAAGCAACAGCAGCUCUCAUAAUCAUCCACCGGUUUGAUAGUCGCGGUGUCGUCUUCUUGUGCAGUGAGUCAAUUCGACUCCCAACGAAACUCGACAUUACAAAGCUAAUGAGCUGCCGGAUUCCUCCGGAUUGCGAGCACACGGUUCUUGUUCAUCGCUUGUAGUAAAGUCAUGCCAUCAUGCCAACCGCCGCUCCGUGUCCAACAACACUACCCUCCAGCAGCAACGUCCCUUGGCCGCCGGCCGUCAACUCCUCUAGAUCGUCGCUACUGCCACUGAAGAAGCGCAAGAAGAGGCCAAUAAUGAAUGAGGAGAAGAAUAAAAAUAAAAUUAAAAAUUAAGAUAAUAUAAACGAUCACCGCCGCCAUCAUCAUCAUCGUAUCGUAUCGUAUCGCCCGUCCAAACCCACCCGUCUUCGGAAAGUCUUUGUGAAAACCGGGCCAGGGUCCGACUAAACGAACGAACGAAGGUACAACAAGCUGCGGACGACGCGAGUGCUCUAAUAAAGCUAGCAGCAGCGCAACUUCUCAUUGGCAAUCGGGAUCAAGAAGCUCUAAAACAAAAAUCUGAACCGUUUCGUCGCUGUGUGUCCGUCACGACGAUCCGCUACAAAACGACGAAGACGACUCGGACGAGGUUGUUCCGUUGUCGAAUUACGCGGAGACCUCUCGAUCAGUUGGUUCAUCAUCUACCCUGGAAAACUACCCAUUUCUUAAAAAUAAGAAAAAAUAAUCACCAGAUAAAAAACCUCCACCACGUGAAGAGAGAUAGAUAGUGUAGUACACACUGAAGUUAAGAAAGAGAAUAAGGAAAAAACAAACGCGCGUUAAAGUAAGAAGCGCAAGGGAGCAAAAAACCAACAACUCUCUCCCAGGCAUAGGCAUCCGCCGUGCAAAGGAAUAAACCUGAAGUUUGGUUUUUGUGUGUUGUGCUGUUGUUUCAAAGCGGCGGCUGCUCGAUUCUAAAGUCAUCAUCAUUUUUCAUUUAUUCCGUACCAGAAUUCCUACCCCUUAGUCCUCCGCAAUCGCGUCGCGCAAGUGUUUUUCCCACAUUCAGAACCCGCGCCGAGUGAGUGAGUGUCCCGAAAUGGGUAAUUUAGUGAAGGUAUAAUAGAUGAAAAAUAAAAUUGAAUCGUAUGUGUUGUUGUUGCUGGUGUUCUCCGCGAUGACCUUUAGAGGCGCAACACCACGGGCUGAAGAGUAAUACAGUGUAAAAGUUAGCCCUGGCAGUAGAGAAAAGCUCCUUGGGAAACAAAUAACACACAAGGAAUUUAGUUUUUCCUCUCUGGGGUUCUCGGGAGUUGUUUUGUGUUUUUUUUUUCAACACUGAACUACGGGCCCCAGGCCGGUACACCUACAGGAUAAUAUGGAUAAAUUCCUGACGCUGCUGUGCGGACUGUUCUGCGUACUAUUUCACCGGCAGCUGCUUGGAGGCGUCGCAGGCGAUCAAGUGGUCCUCCUGGAUACGACUAAGGAAGCUACGUUGGAAUGGACCCGAUACCCGUACGGACCACAGGCACAAACCCCGGGUUGGGUGGAGGAAUCGUUCACCAACUUCGUGAAGGGGAUCAACUGGCGGAGCUAUGUGGUGUGCGAUGUGGCCUACAACAACGUCAACAACUGGUUGUGGUCCCCGUUCAUCGAGCGGGGGCCGGCCAAUCGGUUGUACAUCGAGAUCCACUUCACGAUCCGGGACUGUUCGCUGUUCCCGGGCAACGCGUUGUCCUGCAAGGAAACGUUCAGCUUGCUGUUCUAUGAAUUCGAUGCCGCAACGAGGGAACCACCUCCCUGGCAGCCGGAAAGCUACAAGUUGAUCGGAAGGAUAGCAGCCGGCGAGGGCCGAUUCAAUCAGAACUCGGACGUGGACAUCAACGUCGAGGUCAAGAGCAUAGCCGUCGCGAAGAAGGGCGUGUACUUUGCCUUCAGGGAUCAGGGCGCUUGCAUCAGCGUGCUGGCCGUUAAGGUGUAUUACAUUACAUGCCCGGCUGUGACGGUUAAUUUUGCUCACUUCAAUGAAACCCCAACCGGGCGAGAGAUAACAAUUAUCGAGCAGCAGACGGGAAUCUGCGUCGAGAAUGCGGAAGCCUACGAAUCGCCCACCUAUCUGUGCAAGGGCGAUGGCAAGUGGACCAUUCUGAGCGGCGGAUGUCGCUGUAAGGUUGGCUACGAGCCAGACCACGAGAAGCAAACCUGCAACGUGUGUCCGGUGGGCAAAUUCCGUUCGGCCGAGGUCGAAACCUGUACCAUAUGCCCGCUCAACUCCAAAACCAACAAGAUAGGUUCUCCCUUCUGUCCCUGCCUGAGUGGCCAUUAUCGGCAUCCGAGGGAUGGAAAACAUAUGCCCUGCUACAAACCUCCAGGGCCACCGACAAAUCUCACCCUCCUGUUCAUAGAUCAAACAAGUGCCAUCCUCUCCUGGAACGCACCGCAGAAAGGCAUCGACGAACAGUUAGACAGUAAGUAUCGUAGUGACAUCGUUUUCCGGAUCAAGUGUUCUGCAUGCACCUCCAACGUGGUGUUCAAUCCAUCGUCGGAAACUUUCAACGAUACCAAGCUGACGCUGACCAAUCUGGAACCGGUCACCACCUACACGGUGCAGAUCCAUUCGCAGCACGGGGUAUCGUAUCUGAUACUGCAGCAAGACCAGCACUCCCCACACGGUGGAGCCGGACAUGAUAACAGCAGCGGAAGUGGAAGUAGUUUCGGAGGCAAUCACUAUCACCACGGGACUGAACCGCCGAAUGUGGGCCGGUCCUCGUCCGAUCUCGACGAUAUCAAGACGGAAUUCGCGGAAAUCACCUUCACCACCGAGUCCGCGAUCCUGAGCACCGUCUUCAAUGUCAAGAUCAUCUCGAUCACCAAUAAGGAGGCGGAUCUGGUGUGGGAUAAGCCGCUGCAUAGUGACUCGCCCAUCGAGUACUACGAGGUGCGGUGGUUCCCCAAGGCCGAGGUGGACGCCAUGAACAAAUCGGUCCUCAGCACCAAGGAAUCGAAGGUGCACAUAGGCGAUCUGCAGGAAAACACCGAGUACGGCUUUCAGGUGCGCUGUAAAACGCUCAACGGCUGGGGCACUUUCAGCAAUAUCGUUUAUGCCCAGACGCACCAGAGCGUCAGUCCAGUGUACGAUGAUUCCUUCCAAAUGCGAAUUGUUGCUGGUUCAACAGUUGCCAUUGUAUUCAUCUUAGUGUUAGUGAUCGUCGUCACCGUCCUGUUUUUGCGCUCCAAGAGCCACGAUGACAUCGACAAGAAAACCAACAACCAUCUUCCGCUGCCGCUGGAUUACGCCAGCAACGAAGGACUAGUAGUUACCUAUAUUCACGCAAUGGACACGACGCCAAUUGUCAAAACGAUGAAAAAUAAUGGUGGUUCUUACGGGUAUUACCGACAUCGUCGGGCUAAUUUUGCAGUGACCACGCCACUGUUCGGAACGAGUCGCAGCUACGUCGAUCCGCACACGUACGAAGAUCCGAACCAGGCGAUCCGGGAGUUUGCCCGGGAAAUCGACGCCAGCUACAUCACGAUCGAGGCCAUCAUUGGUGGCGGUGAAUUCGGGGACGUCUGCCGUGGCCGGCUGAAGAUUCCUCCGAACUUCGUGCAGGAGAUCGACGUCGCCAUCAAGACGCUGAAGCCGGGCUCCUCGGAGAAGGCACGCUGUGACUUCCUGACCGAGGCCUCCAUAAUGGGUCAGUUCGAUCAUCCGAACGUGAUCUACCUGCAGGGGGUGGUGACGCGAUCGAAUCCGGUCAUGAUCAUCACCGAGUACAUGGAGAACGGCAGCCUCGAUACGUUCCUGCGGGCAAACGACGGCAAGUUCCAGACGCUGCAGCUGAUCGGAAUGCUGCGGGGGAUCGCCGCUGGCAUGUCGUACCUGAGCGACAUGAACUACGUCCAUCGGGACCUGGCGGCGCGAAAUGUUCUAGUUAAUUCCUCACUAGUGUGUAAGAUUGCCGACUUUGGGCUGUCGCGGGAAAUUGAGAAUGCCAGCGAUGCCUACACGACGAGGGGCGGUAAAAUCCCGGUUCGCUGGACGGCACCGGAAGCGAUCGCAUUCCGGAAGUUUACCUCGGCUUCCGAUGUGUGGUCGUAUGGGGUAGUGCUGUGGGAGGUGAUGUCGUACGGCGAGCGGCCGUACUGGAACUGGUCCAAUCAAGAUGUGAUAAAGAGCAUAGAGAAGGGCUAUCGGUUGCCGGCUCCGAUGGACUGCCCGGAGGCACUCUAUCAGCUGAUGCUCGACUGCUGGCAGAAGCAGCGGACGCACAGGCCCACCUUCAGCAGUAUAACGCAAACGCUGGACAACCUGGCGCGGCAACCGCAGGUGCUGCUGACGACGCGAAACUCACCGGACAACCCGGUGGCGCGGCUGGGGACCGAUUUGAGUGAUGAAAUGUUGGCAGCAGCCCAGCAACGGUCGAACAUGCUCGGUGGUGGAAUGGGUACGACCGAGAGGAUGCUCAACAAUGGGGCUAGCGUGGGAACGCUAGGUGGUCCCGGAGCGAUGGGUACGCUCGGAUCGAUGGCCGGUGGACUGAGCAAUACCGGAACCAUGUCCGGAACCGGAAUCGUGGGAGGAGUGUUCAUAACCACCGAGCAGUGGCUCGAAAGUAUCAAGAUGACGAGGUAUACGCAGCACUUCAAAGAAUCCGGACUGGUGACGGCGCAGCAGAUCUCCAGGCUUACCGCCCAGCAGCUGUCCGACAUGGGCAUCACCUUGGUCGGCCAUCAGAAAAAGAUUCUCCACCAAGCACGACAGAUCAAUAGCAUAAUGUAAAGAAAAGAGAUAUGAAGACUUCCAGACCAUUCAUCAUUACCACAACAACCACCACCACCAACAAUAAUCAAUAGCAAGAGAAGAAAAUCUUCACACAUUUAAACUCCCGAAUGACUGUUAUUGAGAAGUGUUAAGUCGGGUUAAGGAAGAGAAAAAUGAGUAAAGGAAAAAAGUGUAUAGGUGUUGAAAGUUACCCACCGCACACACACAUCACGAGAGAAAAACAAAUGGCUUACCACAUCCACUUUUUUUUUAAAGAAAAAAGAUCCCAGUUAAUGGAUUUUCAAUUCAAAACCGUGUACAAAUUGAGGUCAUUCCGCGAUUGGUUCAGUCAGUCAAUCAGUCAGCAAACAUAAAAACAAACAAACAAACCAUGAUUUAGUCAGGCUGAGAUAAGAGUGUACAUUUUUUUAAAACCUACUUGUUUCCAUAUACCGAUUUUAUGUACCAUAACGAAAAAAAACAAGUGUGUGUCGUCAGCCAACUGCUGAUAAAAAGGAGAGAAAGUUAUUGCAUUUAUACAUAGUAGAGCUUAAGUUCAGAAAAAAAGAGUCCUGUAAAGCUAGCCUAAAGUUUUAUUUUCUAUCGAUGCAUUGUAAGUUAAUCUCAUAAUGAUAAUGAUGAUGAUAUUAGUAGCCAGGUGGAAACUCCGAUUUUUAUGUGAUCAUUCUACUUAAGUAACAACGUGCGAUGUUAACAAGCAAACAAACAAUAGGAAGGAUUUUUUUAUCUUAUUUUACUGCAUUUUUUCCACACAAUUUUAAGUUCCCAUAUUUUGCGUAGAAACCGGCAGCAUGUGUGAGAAUGCGUGGAUUUAGAAGAUACGAAGAAAAUGUGAUUUUUAUAUUAUAGAGAGCAAGAGCAAUAGGUAGGAAUUUGUUUUAACACAUAUUUUUUUCUUUAGUUUCCGAAAAGAAUGUACCAGCAAAUUAAAAGGAAAAAAAACGACUAAGACUUACUACUUAGUAGUAGGUAGUAGUUCAAACUACAGCCAAGCGAGCAAGAGCAGAAAAAUCUCAUCACACACAGAAACUGAAUGAUAUUAAUUAAUAGCAUGAAGACAGAACUAAAACGGGAAUAAUCUAUUGUAGAGAGUAAAAUAACACAAGCCCAGAUGACAUAAUACCAGAGUCCUAGCAUUCAGUGAGAGGAACGAAGAAAAAACGAAACCAAUUUUUUACCCUACUUACAGAAAACAAAUUCGUUGUUGUAUGAUAGUUUAGCGAAAUUGGAACAGUCAGGAUUGAUUUUUCCUUGUCAUUUUUCUUUUGUGUACAUUAAAACGUUUCCUUCCUUCCUGAAUUUGGUUUUUAAAUUAAUUUCUGUAACAAAGGUCUGUGUUUUUAGUACAUAAGCUGUCGUUGGAUUUGAUUUUACCCUUUUUUUAUUGCCUAAAUUAAAAGGAACACGAACCCACACAUACACACAAAAAAUCACAAAAAUCGAAUGCAAAAUUGAACAACGAUACGUUUUAGCUUUACUUUCCUAUGUGAAAUAUAGUGUUUUCAUUUUCAUUAGCUAUAUUAUUAAAAUUAUUAUUAUUAUUAUUAUUAAUAUUAUUAUUUGUAGCUAUGUAAUAAAAAUCGACAGUGAGAUUGAUAUAAUUUA